AUAUGGAGAGAGAGAAAAUAAGGGUAGAGAGAGAAAGAGAGGACCCGUAAUUAGGAAAAUACAAUUGUCAAUUGUUUCAUCAUCCAUUAUUUUUUCCGAUUUGCUUAUGAUGUUGUUGUUUUCUGUUGAGAUCUUCUCACUUCAAAGUUGAAACCUUUCUGUGCGCAACAAUUAGAAUCCCUCAGCCCCUCGUCUAACGCAUACUCUGUUAUCUAAAUUUGCAUUCUUUUACCCAACAAAACCAACCCAAAAAUUAUAACAAAACAUAACCUCUCAGAAAACCACCUUAAACCGGAAAAAACCACUAUUUCCCCACAAUUUUCGCCGGAAACCCGCUAUUGUGCCUUGUCCCUCCAUACCCACGUCACCGAAACCGGUUUUCCGAUACCCAAAAGCCUCUUUUCUGGCCCCAAGUCAUUUUUAUUCCGUCUUUGACGGGUUUUUUGGUCGCCGGAAAGUGUGGUGGCUUUUUCAAACGAGGGCGGCGUUUACUAAAUUGAGCCUGGUGCGUAGGAUAUUAAUAAAAAAAGGUUGUUGUGGUUUUGGUCAGAGGCGUACACGUGUACGGUGAUGGGAACGGAGGUGAUGGGGAGGUGGGGCACCUGGGAGGAGCUCCUCCUUGGUGGGGCCGUUCUCCGCUACGGAACCCGGAAUUGGAACGUCGUCGCCGCCGAGCUCCGGGCACGAACAGCUUGUCCCUACACCAUUACUCCUGAGGUCUGUAAAGCCAAAUAUGAAGACUUGCAACAGCGGUACACUGGGAACAAGGCUUGGUUUGAGGAACUUAGGAAGACUAGAGUAGCAGAGCUGAAAAGAGCUCUGGAGCUGUCUGAAGAUUCAAUUGGGUCUCUCGAAUCUAAACUCGAAAGCCUCGAGGCUGGAAAGAAUGAGAAAAAAGAUGAUUGUCAUGUUGACAAAGGAUCAGCUGGUCCAAAGUUACAUGUAGCUUCACAGAAAUUGGAAAGAGUUGAAUCUUCCACUAAAGAGACAUCAAAGGAUGGGCUAUCCGCUGGGAGUUUCACACAUGAAACCAGGACAAACUGGUCUCCUGAAUGUCCAGUUCCAGCAGGGUUUGCAGAAGAUAUGGAGACUAAGCCCGAGGUUUCACACUCCACUGAGCAGGCCAAAGUUUUGAAUGUAGAUGAGUUGACACGUACUAUAUAUGAAGGACAAGGAGGAAGUUUUAAAAAACGGAGAGGGAAGAGGAAGAGGAAGGACUGUGGCAGAAAUAUGAAGGAAGCAAGUGUUGGGGAAAGUGACUUGUUAGAUUCGGCUGAUGUUGUGUCAUGGUGUAAAGAAAGUUCUACCAGCAACUGUGGUGAAGUUGCCAAAUCAUGUGGUGUAGAUGAUCAAAAUAGGAACUUGAAAAAGGAUAGGGUGGAAGACAUGAUGGAGAUUUUGGAUUUUAUUUUUGAAACUAAAGGUGCUUCGGCUUUCCAACGCAGACUUGAUAGUCAGAAGAGAGGAAGGUACAAGAAAAUGAUCCUGCAACACAUGGACUUUGACACUAUAAGGUCAAGAAUUAGCAGCCAGACAAUUAAGUCAAGUGUAGAACUUUUUCGGGACUUGCUCCUACUUACUAACAAUGCCUUAGUCUUCUACUCCAAGAGCACUCGCGAAUACAAAACUGCUCUACUGCUUAGAGGCAUUGUCACCAAAAAAAUGAGGGAAAGUUUGAAGGGUACGAGCAACAAAGCCACCACUCAAGCUACUAAUUUUCCUAUUAAAUUACUUGUGCAUAAUCCUCAUGUGAAACCAAGAAGUGUACGGCCAGGCAACAGAAAAAUAGUUGCAAAGGCAGUUGGUGGCAAGAACUCUGCAUCUGGGGUGUCACAUGGAACUAAGAAACCUAGUAAAGUUGAUUCUCCAUCCUCAGUGGAAUCCUUAACUAUGAAGAAAAAAGGUUUUGGUAGACCAAAAAAGGUUGGACGUGGGGCUGCUGCAGGUCAAAGGCCUGCAAUGCCAAUGAAGGGAAAGAAAAGAGUUAGGACUAAGUGAUAGUGCUUUAACCAAUAGGUUUCUAUGUACAAAGUUUUUUUCCUUUUUGGUUAUAUAGUAUUUUUUUUUUCCUUUAAUGAAGCACUUAGUCUCAUGCAACAACCAAAAGGAACUUUGAGUUUGAUAAGCUGCAGAGGGAAACUAACUACAAUAUAUGAAAUAGUUCCAAACUAUAGUAACUAAUAUGGAGAAGUUUCCAAUGGAAGUAGUCACUCCUUUUCUUUUUAUUUUAUUUUAUUUUUAUUUACAGCAUUUAAAUGUUGCUGUAAAUUGUAAGUACGAAUUUUGAUUGUACCAAAAGUGCACUAAUUUUGAUGGAUGAGCAUGUUAACGCGGGUGAUUAACUUGAUUUAGUGUUGACCUUA